CUAUAGAUUACUUUCACUUUGGUUAGUUGAUCUCGAAAAAAUGAAAUUAUGAAUAAAGAACAAAAGGAAAUAAUUCGAACGAACAGACGAUACAUAAAGGAAAACGUGUACAACGUCAACGAUGUGGCGGACAAGCUAUAUGAAUAUGGAAUCUUGUCCUUGGAGAACAAAGAAACCAUCGCGUCCCGGCCUGUUGACAGGAGAGCAUUUGAGCUGCUGGACAUUGUGGUCAAGAGAGGACAGCGGGCUUUCCAGGGUCUGAUUGAUGCCCUGAACGACACAGAGAACAAGGAAGUGGCCGACAGACUGGAGGGAAAGUCAGGAGGAACAACGAAUACAAACUAUACAAACUUUUCUGUGAGUAUGGUUAAUAAGUGUGGAAAUUCUGUGACGAGAUCUGAAGAAUCGACAAAGUCAGCGGAUACAGCAGCCCCAUGUGAAGGACCCAGUAUUCCGGGAUCCCAAAGUCAACCCCCAGCAGACAAUUUAAACAAGCCAGAUGUUGAGUGGAUGAAUGAAGUAGAACUGACUAAACUGAAAGAAAACAUGACUUCAACUGAUCCAAAGUUUGUUUUGGAAAUGAAGAAACGUCAUGGUGAAAAUCUCUACAAUUUGAACCUGAAUAAGCGUGGGAUAUGUCUGAUCAUUGAUAAUAUUCCUAGCGAUUUUUGUUGUGUCGGUGAGUGCCAUCAUGGUAUGGUGGAUGCUGGGAAAACACUCAUACGACAGACCAUGAAACUCUGCGGGUUUAAAGAUGUCAACUUCUCCAGGAACACUGGAACCACAAAGAUGAUUAAAGAGAAGAUACUGAGGGAAAUGAAAAAGUCAAGUCACUCGGAAUAUUCCUCAUUUUUUGUGAUCUGUGUGACAACUGGUCCGAAUCCAGGCUUAAUUUACGGUAAAGAUGGAGAGAGUGAUCACAUUACCAUAAAGGAACUACAGGAAGUGAUGUCACAGUGUAAAGAGUUCCAUAACAAGCCAAAAGUCUUACUGGUCCAUACGGUUCCCAACUCUAGCUUACAAUGUGUUCACAGCACCAGUUUGGCUGAAGGUCAGAACUUAACGGAAUCUAUACAGCAUCUGUCUAUAGAGGAGGAAGGACUAACACCUGUCAAUAAUAGGAAUAUGUUUGUCGUUUCUGCCGAACUGCAACCAGGUAUCAGCUUUUUGGUCAGAAUAAAGGGGAAAACGGGGGCCUAUUUUAGCAAUGCUUUGGUCUAUGUCUUGUUGAAGUUUGCUGGUAGUAUGUCAUUCCUGGAACUGAUCUCUGAGAUGGACAAGCUAUUGGGAUUAUGUGAAGAUGAAGGAUUAGACAAUGUGGAUGCCAAUCCAUAUAAUGAGAAAAUUCAUCGGAGUGUUCGAGUGGCUAAACUUAAAGUCCUGACAAAACCAGAAAAAGAGCUCUAUCUCUUCCCUCUGUAUGAGGACACAGGAACACAGGUUUCCAGCUAGUCGUGCUGAACUCUUUGACCUCACAUCAGAAACACCAGUACUCCUAGGAAUUAAAUUGAUGGAACCAUGAAUUCAAAGACUAGCUGAGACAAUGACAACCAAGUUGCCAUUUUUGCAUGACUCUGAUUCCAUUACAUUGGUCAUUUUUCCCUUUGUGAUAACUGCAGUCCAUCCUAGUUGAUCCCCCUCAAUUAAGGCACCCUUCACAUGUAAUCAUUUGUAUGCAUUUGAAGUGAUGCACUUCUUUUCAAUGCACUAAUGAUUUUGUGCAAAGGACUGUGUACUGUUAUGGCUUAUGCUGCCCUCAAAGUCAAACUUUGAUGGAAAUUGGUUACAUGUAAGUUCUAUUUAGUAUACCAAAGAAAGAUUCAGAAAACCCCUAAAAUGUGAGCAAGAAUUUUAUUUUCACUUUAGUUUUGGGUGUUUCAAGUUAAGCUGUACUAAUAUUUUGCCCCAUCUUGUUUUAGUCCCUUUUACUUUAAUUGUAAGUGUGUAAAUUUCUCUUGGGGCAAAUUCACAAGACACAGAGUCACCUCUCCUUUAAUGCCAUACAUUAGCACAUGGGAGAUUAUUGAAACAGGACAAAAUUGUUUGCAAGUGUGUCAGGGCAAAAUUAGCAAUGGAUGAAAAUAAGCUAGAGUAUUAACUAUAGCAGUAGUUUAGUUUUAAGGGAAAAUUUAAUUUAGUGAAGAACUAGAUUAUCGACUGUGCCACAAAGUGUUUAAUCAUUUAAAAAGGAAUAGUUGUUAUUGAUGUUAAUGUGUAAUAUUUAUCAUUUAAGGCACAAUUUAUUAACAUAUUGAUCACACUCAUCUGAUAUUUGGAAUACCAUGGCUAUGUCAGAUUGAGUUGUUUUUUCUAAGCACUUUUUCUGAUGUAUUUUAAUAUUCUUGACUUUUUGAUUCAGUCCUGCGUACUCUUCCACUUUUGACUUAAUUCUUCAUCUUUUUACCAUAAAAAUUUAUUGUGCUGUUAUGUACUUUUGAUUCAAUUUUAUAUGUUAAAACUUUUUGUUAAAAAAACUCUUUGUAAAUUAAUUUAAAUUUCAACUGGAAUGAAAAUGGGAAGCUCAAUAUUUGUUAUUGUCAACACAAUUACUUAUUAUUGUAAAACAGCUCUUAUUGCUAGAUGUCAGAAAUAUGUGAGAAAAAUAAAGGAUGGUUUGAUCAAGAGAGAUCGUGCAUGGAUUCUAGCAUCUUAAAAAUAAAAGUGAACUUUACUUGGUGAGAGCUAGCUGCUUCUUGCAAAAUCAUGUAAUAAUUAUUUGUAAGCAUGUCUAGAGGAUCUAGAGUAAUUCUCGGAGAGAAUCAUGCAGUGUUUAAUGUCAAUUUAAAUAGUUAUAAAUUAUUUGUAAAACUAAAUGUUAAAUUCAUUUUUUUUUCAAUAUUUAGGCAUGGUCAAUGUAAAUUAAAGUUCAAACUAUGUCAAAUACCAGUAGAUUCAACUCUGUGUGUUCAUUUCAAUUUUUUGUGAUAAAAAAAUUGAAAAUAUAUAUUUAUUCUAUUAAUGCAAUAAAAGAUGUAGUUCUUGAUGACAGCACACAGAGAUGUGCCCACUAUCCUUAUGACACUCUGUUAUAUUAGAAAUAGUGAUUCUUUCUUUUUUAUUUUCAUGUUUACUUAUAUUAUUUCUUUCUAUUGCCAUGUUAUAUAUUCUUUAAUAAAAAAUAAAAUAAUA